AUGACUUUUAAUUUGGAAAAUGAACAUGAAUCCAAAAGGGUAUCAAGCCUUAUUUUUGGAAAAUGUGCUGAAUGUGGUGAAGAACGAAUCAGUGUAGGAUGGUGUAAAGAUUGUGAAAUUAAUUCUUUUAAAGUACACUUUAUAUAUUGGACAAGUGGUAAUCUUAAUAUUGAUAAUUAUAUUAAGCGUACUCAAUUAAAUGCAUGUGGAAGUGUAGAUUAUUUGGAAUAUAUUAAAUUUGAUCAGCUCGUCCUUAUAAAAUAUAUGAAUAAAGGCGGAGCCUUCAGUACAAUUUAUUCAGCAAUUUGGAUUGAAGGUCCUCGAUGGAUUUGGGAUGAAGCGGCAGAUGAAUGGACACGAAAUGGACCGAUAAAAGUUGCUCUUAAAAGAAUUAACAAUUCACAAAAUAUGAGUGAAGAAUAUAUAAAUCAACUUUGCAGAUAUCAUCAUUGCCUACAAAACGGAAAUGUUGCGGAUUGUUUUGGAAUAACUAAAGAUCCCACCUCAAAUUAUAUGUUUGUUAUGAGAUAUUAUGAGAAUGGAGAUUUGCAUACAUAUCUUGAUGAAGUCAAAGGAAUGCUUUGUUGGAGAGAUAUUGUUGAGAUUCUUUGGAGCAUAUCAGGUGGAAUUGAAUGUAUACAUAAAAAUGAAUUGAUUCAUGGAAACCUUCAUGGAGGUAAUCUGUUAGUUGAAAGUGAACAAGAUUCUAUUGACGUUCGUGUUGCUGAUGUGGGAUUACAUGGACCAGCUGAUAAGAAAAAUUCCAAUGAAAUAAAUGGAGUUCUUCCUUAUACAGAUCCUGAAAUCUUAAAGGGAAAUCCUCCAACAAAAUCUUCAGAUAUUUACAGUUUUGGAAUUAUCAUGUGGACAUUAUCAGCAGGUAUUCGACCAUGGUGUAAUAGGCCACAUGAUAUUCAACUAGCUACUGAAAUCUGUUUUGGACUUCGACCUGAAAUUAUUGAUGGCACUCCAGAAGUUUAUAUUCAAAUAAUGACUCAAUGCUGGAACUCCGAUCCUUCGAAACGUCCAGUUGCGUCUCAACUAUAUGAAUUGAUUGGAAGUUGGAUAUCUGCUAUUUGCGACGAUCCUCAACAGACUGAAUUGUCUGAACAAUUUGAUCUUGCUGAAGAGAAAAAAUUUUCAGACUUGGAAAAAAAUAAAUAUCGUCAAGAAAUUCAUAGCCAAGCUUUUUAUACAAGCAGACCUUUGUACUUUCCAGAAUUAAUUCAUAAUAUUAAUACUACAAAUAGAAAAUUCUAA